AUGGCUAUGGCGGCAGGUGUGAAGACUGCUUGCUCCCUUCGCAUCGACUGGAAGGAUAGUCGGGGUUCUAGAUUGAUCGACCCAAAGCAGCAGGAGGCGCUGAUUGAGUGGGGAAGCAAGCUUUCUGCUACAGAACACGAAGCUUUGCAACAACUCAUUGAUCGGCCGUGGUUCAAGCGUAGAUGGAUCCUGCAAGAGGGCGCUUCAUCCGAAUUACCAAGUACUCGAGUACUGCUCGGCGACAUGCAGAUCCCUGGAGAAAGCUUCAUGGCGACUUUGGAGCUAACAGAUCUCCUUCAAAAUGUUCGAGCCUUCAGGUUCACCAGUACCGCAUCGCGAAAAGGCAACAUCCUCUACAACUUGCAAGUCUUCGACGAGGCUCAGUGCUCUAAUCCGCGUGACGAGAUAUACGCUCUUCUGAACAUAGCGUGGACGUCGCCGUGGGAUCCCAGAGAAAAGUCACAAGGUGUACUCAUCGAUUACACACAGACUGUGGAAGAGUGCUAUCUAUUGUUCGCCAGGAUCAAAGCUCAAGAUCCACACGAUCUGAUCGGCAUCAUGGCAUGUGCGACAAGUCGUCCUUCCAGCUCCAUCUCACUGCCAUCCUGGUGUCCGGACUGGAGAGUGGAGAUCGACUACCGCUCAAUGCGGCAUCAAACAGCUUGCUGGAGAGCGCUGGACGCAGUAUGUCAUACUGCAGACCCAAGGGUCAUCGACAGCACUCUGAUCGUGAAAGGUCGAAUUCUGAAGCCAUGUCCUCGGGUCGCUAAAGCGCAAGACUUCCAGUGCCGAGACUGCUCUACCUGCAUCUUCGCACGAGCAGCACUGAGGACGAAAGAGGGGUUGAACAUCGUUGCGAUCCUGGCCAAGGAUGAAGCGGAAGAUGAUGAUACUUCUUUGCUUCUCUUCGAUGAUUGUUCUAUCGCUUUCUGGGUUCGUCCUAAGAUUGUGUUCUUGCCAUCGAAUGAGGAAGAGGAGGGCACGGGCUCUUUUGAGACGUUGUAUGGGCUGCAGUCCUGCGUCGAAGUGCCGGAUUGUGCUCGCGACUGCCAUUACAUCACCAGGAGGGGUGAUCUGAUGCCCCUGGUGGAGGUCGCCCUUUGUUGA